AUGGCAAUGGUAGUUAGCAGCUGGCGAGAUCCGCAGGACGACGUGGCCGGGGGCAACCCCGGCGGCCCCAACCCCGCAGCGCAGGCGGCCCGCGGCGGCGGCGGCGGCGCCGGCGAGCAGCAGCAGCAGCAGGCGGGCUCGGGCGCGCCGCACACGCCGCAGACCCCGGGCCAGCCCGGAGCGCCCGCCACCCCCGGCACGGCAGGGGACAAGGGCCAGGGCCCGCCCGGCUCGGGCCAGAGCCAGCAGCACAUCGAGUGCGUGGUGUGCGGGGACAAGUCGAGCGGCAAGCACUACGGCCAAUUCACCUGCGAGGGCUGCAAAAGUUUCUUCAAGAGGAGCGUCCGCAGGAACUUAACUUACACAUGCCGUGCCAACAGGAACUGUCCCAUCGACCAGCACCACCGCAACCAGUGCCAAUACUGCCGCCUCAAGAAGUGCCUCAAAGUGGGCAUGAGGCGGGAAGCGGUUCAGCGAGGAAGAAUGCCUCCCACUCAACCCAAUCCAGGCCAGUACGCCCUCACCAACGGGGACCCCCUCAACGGCCACUGCUACCUGUCCGGCUACAUCUCGCUGCUGCUGCGCGCGGAGCCCUACCCCACGUCGCGUUACGGCAGCCAGUGCAUGCAGCCCAACAACAUCAUGGGCAUCGAGAACAUCUGCGAGCUGGCCGCGCGCCUGCUCUUCAGCGCCGUCGAGUGGGCCCGCAACAUCCCCUUCUUCCCGGACCUGCAGAUCACCGACCAGGUGUCCCUGCUCCGCCUGACCUGGAGCGAGCUGUUCGUGCUCAACGCAGCCCAGUGCUCCAUGCCGCUGCACGUGGCGCCGCUGCUGGCCGCCGCCGGCCUGCACGCCUCGCCCAUGUCCGCCGACCGCGUCGUGGCCUUCAUGGACCACAUCCGCAUCUUCCAGGAGCAGGUGGAGAAGCUCAAGGCGCUGCACGUCGACUCGGCCGAGUACAGCUGCCUCAAAGCCAUCGUGCUGUUCACGUCAGAUGCCUGUGGCCUGUCGGAUGCGGCCCACAUCGAAAGCCUCCAAGAGAAGUCGCAGUGCGCGCUGGAGGAAUACGUGAGGAGCCAGUACCCUAACCAGCCCAGCCGCUUCGGCAAACUGCUGCUGCGGCUGCCCUCGCUGCGCACCGUGUCGUCCUCGGUCAUCGAGCAACUCUUCUUCGUCCGUUUGGUAGGUAAAACCCCCAUCGAAACUCUCAUCCGCGACAUGUUACUAUCCGGGAGCAGCUUCAACUGGCCUUACAUGUCCAUCCAGUGCUCCUAG